UUAAAAAAUAAAAAUAAAAAUGAAAAGGUGUAAAUAUUCUAUUUGCACCAUAUUUACACUUUUUCGUCGUUUUUUUUUAAGGUGUAAAUAUGGUGAAGAUAGCAAUAGGUAAGAGAAAACACAAAUAGAUCGAUAAGUUUGUUUGUAACCUUAAGGACUACGUAUAGCAGUAUUUUUAUUUAAUUUGGAAAAAAGACAUAUACUUACCUUGUAUGAUUAAUCACAUUAAUGCAGAUGGAAAACAAAACUCUAACAAAGCCAGAUCAAAAGAAUAAUAAGGUGGCAACUUCAAUGAAAAACAAGUUAGGAUCCUUGCCUUUUGUUAUCUCUGAUAACUGUUGCAUUUAUAAGGUGUCCGAUACUGUUGCAUUUAUAAGGUUCCCGCCUUUAUCUUGGAGGGAAACAAAGCAUUUUAUCGGCCUUCGGUCAUGUCAAUUGGUCCAAUCUACUAUAAAGAUAAGAAUUUAGAAACCAUGCAAGAGGUUAAGUGGAUUUACUUGAAUUACUUUCUUAACAAUCCCAACAAUGCUUGUCCAAGCUUGGAGCAUUAUAUCAAUUUUGUAAGUGAAAAGGAAGGAGAAAUCCGCGGCUCAUAUCAGCAACAAAUCCGUAUCCCUAACCAUGAGUUUAUCGAAAUGGUUGUGCUCGAUGCUGUCUUCUUGGUUUAUCAUUUCAUGUGCAGAAGUGGUAUGUUUCCUAACCCUUGUAUAGAGAAAAAGCUACAAGGACUAAUGCCGUACUUAAGCAAAGAUUUAUUUCUACUAGAGAAUCAACUCCCUUUUUUUGUUGUUAAGGGCAUAUUUUACAAGGCAUUUGGUGAUGUUUAUGGAGCUAAUACCAUAAUUAUUGUCACCCUUGCAAACAUAUGCAUGACUAGAAUUCCCGGAGUUAAGGCUAUCAAGAGUAUACUUGAUGGUAAGAAAAUUGUCAGUGAGUCGAACAUUAAACAUCUAUUAGAUCUCCAGAGGAUGUCUUGUUGUCUUUCUUUGAGCACACCAUUGCGUAACGAGUCCAAAAUAGAUCAAACAGUUAAUUCAAAGUUAUACAUAGUUUAUAUACACAAGGCUAUGUCGUCGUGCAUCCGUUCAUCGUUGCUACUGCUAUGUAACAAUCGGCUGUGCCAACGCUAUGUCAAGAAGACGAGGGAAGUUGUUGAUGGUCGAAAUUGCCAUCUUGCUUACACUGCUAAGCAACUAAAAGACGCCGGAGUUAUAUUUGUGGCGGGUGAAAGUGAAAAUCCAUUGGAUAUAACAUUUAGAAAAGGGAAGUUAGAGAUUGCGAAAUUGGAAAUAAAUGAUCAUACUGAAGCUUAUUUUCGGAGCAUGAUAUAUUAUGAGCAAUGUCAUUAUUCCGAGGAUUCUUACUUCAUCGAUUAUAUAUUCUUCCUUGAUGAACUGAUAGACACCGUGGAAGACGUGCAAGUACUGGUCAAAAACAAAAUUUUCAGUAAUUAUCUAGGAAGUGAUGAAGAUGUUAUAAAACUCUUCAACAAUAUUGGCAAACACUUAAAUCUGUCAUGCGAUUAUUAUUACUCUGGUGUGUGCAGUGCUGUGAACGGUUAUGCUUCAACCCGCUGGCAUCGAUGGAUGGCUAUAUUGAGGAGAAAUUACUUGAAUCAUCCGUGGGUAAUUUUAUCUGUGAUCGCUGCAUUCAUACUUUUUGUUCUUACUCUAUUACAAACUAUUGCAAGUUACACUGACUAGAUAAAUAGCUAGUUCUAUCUUUCGUGCUGAAACGCAUAUUUAGCUUUAGUAUUGUCUUAAAUCGGUAAGUAAGAUAUCAACACUAUCAAUAAGAGACUCUGAUUAUAUUCAUAGUACGUACUAUGUAUUAGAAUUAAUUUUUUCCUACUUAUUUCAAUAUUUCAA